AUGAACGAAACGCCUCAUUCCAAUCGAUUGGCCAUAGAUGAUAAUUCUCUCUCUGCUAUUUCUUAUCACCAUGAAAAAAUUUCGAAUAAACUAAUGACAACUGUUCCACCUCGUCUAAUGCCUGAAACAGUUGAAGAUAUAUUAAAUACAUUUACAUUUUUUGAUUUGAAUGCAAAUCAAUGCAUCGAAGUCAAUGAAUUGAAACGUAUACUGAAUGCAUUAAACUUUAAAAAAACAACUGAUGAAUGUUAUGAAAUAAUUAAUACAUAUGAUUUAAAUAAUGAUCAAAUGAUUGAUUUUCAUGAAUUUAUAUUUGCUCUUGCUCGUUUAAUUAAACAUGAUGUUUUUACAUUACUCGAUAUACAACAAAGAUUUACGUCAGUAGAUCUUAGUUAUAUUUCCGCAGUUGAAUAUACAUUUAGAGUUUUUUUUUUCUGUAGAAAAUUCGAUGAAGAUCAAGAUGGUAAAAUAACGAUAUCGACUUUACCAAUAUUACUACGUAAAGGAUUUGGUAUACCGGUCAAUGAUUAUGAAAUAUUUGAUUUACUUGCAAAAUUUGAUAUCGUAAAUGAAUCAACAAAAAUUUCCUUUGAAAAAUUUAUUCGCAUGCUUCAAUUCGCUGUUCGACAAGGUGAAAAAUCACAUGUACCAGAAUACAUGAAGAAAUUAAAGCAUCGAUGUGGGCCAGCACUGAGAAAUAUUCAUCAUAAUGAUAUAAAAUUAUUGAAAAAAAGAAUGGGAGGAUAUCUUUCGUCAUCUAUGGAUGAAAUGAAACAAUAA